UCGUUCCAGUGGUGGGAGAACUUCAUAGACCCCCAGUCCCACAAUGCGGUCAACAAAUGGCUGCUCGACAUAAAGAAGGAUUUGGCGAAAUCGCGAUAUUUUACUUAUUUGAUUGUCACGGUCUGGAAGAUGGCUGUCAUCUUGUGUUUUAUGAUUUUGUUUGAGUACGUCAACAAUGGACAGUCGGUAGAGUCUGUGAACAGUCUGUUCAAUAAGUUUGGCGAAGGCUUCUCCAACGAGAAGAUCUUAAUUAUUCGCGACAAGAAUCGCCUCGAGUUCCAGAAGAAGAUUGAGGGCGAGUCACACGAGAUGACUGUCGGCGACCCAUACAUUCCCGUCUGGAUUCUGUUGGUGCAGAUUAGCGCCACAUACCUGUGCUAUGCUGUGGCCAAGUUCUCGUGCAAGAUAUGCAUUCAAGGCUUCAGUUUCGCCGUUCCCGUGAACCUAUCAGUUCCGGUGACCGUCUCAUUCAUGUGGGCAGUGGUCAGUGCCUCGGCUCAGGAUAAGUGCCAAGUUUGUCACGAAUUCUUCAAAGGAUUUCAGUACAUCUUUUGGUACACCAGAGAUGUGGACGCGUUUGCCUACGAGAAGGACUAUUUCAAUUAUAUCAGCACAGUUAUGUGGGUCCUAUCACUGGCCUCGCAGAUGUGGAUCUCGAUCCACAUAUGGUUCUCGACCAGCGAAAGGCUGGCCUCCACUGAAAAGUUAUUCAUAAUCCCGAUGUACAGCUCUGUGAUCGUGGACCAGUCGCUGGCAUUCAACAGACGGAGAAUCAAUUUUAUGGACGAAGCCGUCAAAGAUGUCGAGUCGACUCACGAGGAAAAGCUGGGCAAAGAGGCGGACAAGAAUAUGAACCACUUGUAUGAGACGGUGAAUGAGCCGAUGCCGGCCGCGCCCUACGUGUCCAACGAGGACGAGACGGUGAGGAUCUUCGUGUGUGCGACGAUGUGGCACGAGGACAAGAACGAGGUGAUUCAAAUGCUCAAAGCCGUCAUGCGAUUAGAUGCCGACCAAUGCGCCCGACGACAGGCCCACCAGUUCUUCAAACUCAAUCCCGCCCUCACAGACUACUACGAGAUUGAAUUCAAUAUCUUCUUCGACGACGCCUUCGAUCAGGGGCCGAGUGAUGACGAAGACGACCGACUCAUCAACCGAUUCGUCAAACAGCUGAUUGAGACGAUGGACGAGGCGGCCAGUUAUGUGCACGAGACCAACAUUAUGCUCAAGAGACCCAACGUUGUGCCCACACCUUAUGGAGGGAAAGUGGGNGCCUUCGAUCAGGGGCCGAGUGAUGACGAAGACGACCGACUCAUCAACCGAUUCGUCAAACAGCUGAUUGAGACGAUGGACGAGGCGGCCAGUUAUGUGCACGAGACCAACAUUAUGCUCAAGAGACCCAACGUUGUGCCCACACCUUAUGGAGGAAAGUUAGAGUGGGUUCUCCCCGGACAGAACAAACUCGUCGCUCACCUCAAGGAUAAAAUUCUUAUCAGACAUCGUAAGCGAUGGUCUCAGUGUAUGUAUAUGUAUUACCUGUUGGGCCACAGAAUCGCCGAAAGACAAAUCGAUGAAAGGAGAAAGGAGAUGAUUGCGAUGAAUACGUUUGUGUUGGCUCUGGACGGGGACAUCAACUUCCGUCCGCAUGCCUUGCAUUUGGUGGUCGAC